UUAUGGAUUUGCAUAAUAAUUUUCUGUGGUAGUAUUAUGACAUACAAUAUGGCAGACAGACUGAUGUAUUAUCUACAGUCUCCAGUAAACGUUAAUGUGAAGAUCCACCACAAUACCUCACUCAUAUUUCCAUCAGUUACCAUCUGUAAUCAGAAUGCAUUCAGACUAACAGCAGCGGACGAACAUAAUUGGUAUGAUUUUAUAGAAACAUUGUAUAACUCAAAAAGAACAUCAACGGGUAUAGAUUGGAAUAAAUACAAUGCUACAAAUCUGACGUUUAGUGAAUUGUAUUUAAAAACAGGUCACACAAAGGAAGAUAUGAUACACAGUUGCAGUUUUGCUGGUAAAAAAUGUGGCGCUAAAGAUUUUAAAACUAUAUUAACAGAUCAAGGACUUUGUUUUACCUUUAAGCCAGACAUAGACUCUAAAUUAAGACACCGUCAUGAAUUGCGAUCAUGGCACACAGGAUCAGAUAACGGCUUGAAAUUAGUUUUGAAUACAGAGCAAUAUGAACAUAUGGACGGUCCAAAUAUCGCUUCUGGCAUUAAAGUGCUGGCCCAUCAUGACACCGACAUACCAAGAGUGAAGGAACUUGGGAUUUCUGUUCCAACAUAUUCGUAUGCUAUGAUAGGAGUAGAUCUGACAGUCAUCAAGAGUUUAAGAAAACCUUUUGGGAAUUGCAAGGAUAAACCUCUCAAUUACAGCAGAGAGUAUACAAAGGAUGACUGUUUAUUUGAAUGUUUAAGUAGAGUUGCUGAACAAAACUGUAGUUGUAAAAAUUACCUGAUACCAAAAGAAAAACCGAAAACACCACCCGAGUAUGUCUUUAACAGCAUGAAAUCCUUCCAGUCGUCUGAUAAUUACAACUAUACUGAUGAUGAAGAUUAUGAAGAAGAUGAGGAACCAGAUUUUGUACCGGCAGACUCCCCUGUGCAUGCGUCUUCUGGAAAACAUGUUCAAGAUAUAAUCGAGACAUGUUCUAUUGAAAAGUACUUACAAUGUUAUCAGAAAAAAUACGAUUUGGCAUUUCUUGAAUACCAUUCCCAUUGCAACUGCCCAGCACCUUGUUCCUCCAGGAUAUAUAAACCGUUGAUGUCUUAUGCCUCAACUGUGGAGAAAGAUGAUGAUCAAAAUAAACAAACGAUUGUUUAUUCUAGUGGCACCGAAUUACAUGGAGAUCUCACUUUACAAGCCAAAGUGCAAAAGGCAGUUGAAACAAAACACAGAAAGAAUGCAGUCAGACGAAAAAUAUUCAAUCAAAUACGAAGCAACUUUAUGCAGGAAUAUAUAAACUAUAAAAAGUUGUUUGGCUAUGGCAUACUUAUGUAUAACUGGAAUACAAAAUUCUCAAACAUGUUAGAGUAUGAUCGGAAAAGUAUAGAAAAGAUGAAAGAAUUGUAUCUAUUUCAGAUAUACAAUCUAGAAUAUAAUUUUAUUUUGGCUCGUAAAGUAAUGGAAGAAGAAACGAUAUCAACUGUGUGUCAAGGAUACAAUGAAAUCAGAUCAAUUGUGGAGAAAACCUUAACGUCCUUUUCGGGGAAUAAGGGUGAAAACCAAGCAAAUAUUUUAUUUUACACAACAAAACUGUUUAUUCAAAGCAAAUUGGAAAAUGUUGACAAUGCUGUUGAUAAUAUAACAACACUUUACAAUUCUUAUAAGUACGGAAAUCCUAUUUUUCAUCACUCGUAUAAAAAUUUUAGCGAGAACUAUAAUUAUUUCAUUGUCCCAAAGAAGUUACUAAAAGAAUCUCUGGGCCACUAUUAUGAAUAUGCAAACAAAUAUCCGACACCAGUAACAGGUGAUAUUGAAAGUAUACAUCUCAGCUUAAAUGAAUAUUUGACGAUGCUAAACAGUGUUAUGGAGUAUGGAAAUCUCAAUGAAACGUUAAUGUCUGUAGUUAGCAAAAAUUACAAAGACAACUGUAGAGCUUUCUUGUACAAUAAACGUGUUUUCCAAAGGGAAUGUGUUGAUAGACCACUUGAAAUAUUAAAAACACGUUAUAAUAAUUUCACAUCUUUGACAGAUAAGUAUUUAAAAUCUAUGGACUUUGUUUUGAACAAAUAUUACCAAUUUAAUUCAAAACUUGUAGAGAAGCCUCAUUUAAAAGAGUUUUUACUGUUAUUACAAGACUACUUGGUCAAACCGGAUAUAACAAAAGAUGAUUUGUACAGAAAAUCGCGCUUAACCAAAUUAAGCAUUGCGAGAAUUGUAUUAGAUUUUGAUGGAUUGAGAAGAAUACAAAGUACUGUAUAUGAUAAAUUGUUCGAAAGUAAAAAUGCAAUAGCCGAUAUCUGGAGAGUGAUCAAAUACGAUGAAAAUAUCAAGCCGUUUUAUGAUUCAAUGAAUAAAUCAGAAUUUUUUAAUUCUCAUUUCACUUAUUUUAAAAAAGGGUAUAAAAAUGGAGGAUAUAGUAACAUUGAAAGUUUAGCUCGAUGGUGGGGGAGACCAAGUGAUGUCGUGUAUAGCAUUUCAAAUUUAGAAAAACGCUUUGACGAGUUAUAUGAAGACUUGAAUUUAUUCAAGAAGCAAACGAGAAUUGAUGAUAACUUCAACAAGACAAAUUUUUUGCCAAUAGAUAUUUUCUUCAGGGAACUGAGCUAUAUGGAAAUAAAACAACAAGAAGCCUAUGAUGUAUGGGCAUUUUUUUGUGAUGUUGGAGGAGCACUUGGUUUAUUUGUUGGUGCAAGUGCAGUGACGCUUUUUGAGUUUAUGGACUGUUUGGUACACGUGGUGUUAACUUUAUGUAAAAAAUAA